AAUAACAAUUCAUGUCGAUCAUUCCGCUAAAAAAUUUACAAAUGUUUUUAUUCUGAUUUGACACAAAACAGGACAUGCAUGUUUCAGAACAUCCAAAGGAUUUACCUCCAUCUUCCACUGGAGCUCCUCCGUUUUUAUGAUUUGAAUGAACUGGUAAAGCUAGUGGCAUUCAAUGUAUAAAGCGCUUGCCAUACAGCAGCGUCACCGCGCUUUGCCUUCGCCGUAGUAGAUUCGCACUAGAGUCUCAGCCGGUAGUUGCUUUGGUAACUCGUGUAAACGAAUGGCGUCCAUGAUGAACUGAGCAACGCUCAUUCGUUUUUAAGCGACGAAUUGUUUGAACGUCUGAUGAUUAAAUUCUAUAUCUAAAACCAGCAUGUUUAUUUGUAUAUUACUGAAUGAUCGCAUUUAAACAGUCGGUAAGAUGGAUGAUGAGCCUUUUUCUACAACGCUUGCUUACACGAAAAGCCCUAAAGCUUCCAGAAGAACAACUUUUCAGGAUGAGCUAAAGACAGCUGUGUCUGCUAGAGCCAACAUGCAUAGUUACCCUGAUGACUUUGAUGAUGAUGAUGACGAUGAUGAUGCAGACAUACUCAACGAACUCCUCAAGAUGCAAAAACAGAAGAAGGGGAGGUUUAAAGCUGGAAAGACCAAAGGCAUAAUCAAUGAUUUCAAGCUUUCUGGUGAUGAAGAGGAAAAUGUCAAACCCAAAAAAGUGUCUUUCAUGAAAACCAAAAGGACCAGCUCACCUGUGAACUCCGAACAGCUAAACUUCAUGAAAAGUGGAGAUGACCGGCACAGUUCUGUCCGUUCGCAAAGCAAUUCUUCCAGUCUGCAUUCGGAUUCCCCUUUUUCCUCUCUAUCUGAGAAGUUUCUACCAGAGUCCGCUUUGCUCCAGAAUCACGAACGGUCCAAAUCAGUCACGCAGUCGAGGAACCAGACAGAAUCUGUGGUGAAGAAGAGCCUGUCAGAUUCUCCACUGCCACUAAACUCUGAGAACAGCCAACGGGAAUCCUGUCCAGAGCCACUGCCUCCAGAACAAGAUGAGGACAACCAAAGGAUUGGUGAACCACGCGUCCCUCAACCCAGGGAGAGAAGCGUUAAACCAAAACUCUCCACAGGUUGUCCUGCUCAAGACAUGUCACCCAGACCCAAACCCAGACAGAGGACAGUAAAUAUGUGUGACUUCGGUCAGUUAGAAGAGGAACCCCCAGCAGAGACCCCUGCGUACAGCAGAACAGCCACGUCUUCUAUGUCUAUAGCCCUCUCUUCAGAGAAGAGUCAAACCUCUGCCAGUGAUAGUGUUCUGCAUCCAGAUGAAGACCAGGCCAUGUCAGAAAAGUCAGAGUUUUGUUCACCAGCAGAGCAGAUGUCUGAGGCUCCAGUCACUGUAGACAGCGCUGCCUCAGAAGAGAGCAAAGAGAGAAAUUAUUCAACAUCCCUUGAAGAAACACAUGAGAGUUUGCAGGGUUCCCUUGACCACACAUCAACCACACUAAGCCAAAAAUCAGCCGACAGUAUAACUCGAAUGCACCAAACAUUGAAACUCAUCGAUACUGAGCAACGUCUUCUGGACAUCAGACCUUCAAGCUCUCGGUCAUCCAGUUCCAGAAAACCCAAGAGCUCUUAUAAAGCAGAGUCGAAAUACCUGGGAGCUCUGAAGAUUCUGGAUCGGAGGACCGAGGAGAUCCAGCGGGUUCCAGAAGCAGCAGAUUCACUGAGAGCUGCUGUGUACCAGGAAUGGCUUAAAAAGAAAGAAGAAACUUUAAAAAUAACAAGGAGUGCAAAAAAGCAGGAAGAGAAAUUAAAAGAGGAGAAAGUGCAAGAAGAAAAGCUUGCUAAAAUCGCAGAUGCAAAGGCGUCUUUUGAUGCAUGGAAAGAGAAAAAAAGUGAAGUCAUUCGAACGAAAGUCAAAGAAAAACAGGAGGCAAUAAAGCAACAACAAAUAGAAAUGAAUAAAAAGCAAGAAAACAAGGAAACGGCAAAACAGCAGAUUUUUGAGAAGUGGAAAGAGGAGCAUGACAGUAUCCUUAAAGACAGGAUAAGGGAAAAGAAACAGAGUGAGAGAAGACAGAAACUACAGCAGGCCAAAGAGAAACACGAGAGGAAGAAGGACUCCAUUUCUGCUUUCGCUGGAUGGAGUGACCGAAAGAAGGAUGUUAUCGGAGAGAAAGUCAGGGCAGAACACAGGAAGGAGAAGAUAAAGGAAGUGGAGGAGGAAUAUGAAAAGGAGGAAAAAGAAAAAAUGGCAUUGGAGAUGUAUGACAAAUGGCUGAAAAGAAAAGAGUUUCAACAAAAGAGAGAGAGAAAAGAGAAGAAGAUUCAGGCUAUUCUUCAGGAGGAGCCUCCUCCACCCUGGAGCCCACCGAAUAAAACAAUCCCAUUCGGAAAAUGAGCGUUAUUUCAAUGUGCUUUGAUUUCAGAAGGACUCAAACCAUAAAUAAAUCAAACUAAAAAAUUCCCUUAACCCUAUAAAGCAAAUUUCUAAGACUUUUAAAUUAUCAAAAUUAUCAAAACUUAACUGACAAAAUGCAUUCAAUAUCCUACAUGCCUUCUGGUAUCUGACCGAUAGUUGAUAUUUUUAGCAAGUUUAAGGCUUUUUAUUAAAAAUCUAAAAAAAUCCUCUUCAGCUCAUGUUUUUGUUUUUCUUCCUGUGAAACCUUUACUAUUUUUUUUAUAAAGUAAACAUAAGAUUAUAUAUUUUUGCCCCUGAAUGAAAUUGAGUUGUUUUUUCCUCCUCAACUACGAGCUCCACGGUCUUCUAUAUUAUUUGAUAUGAGCUGAA